AAAUAUGAACCAUGCCCACCCUAGGAAGUUAGAACUACAUACUGGAGGCCGAACUUGGAGUUGCAGUCACAGCUGCUCCACGAGUGCAUCGAUCUCCAUUGCAAUCUCCGAUUACGUAAAUCGCCUCCUCCAUCGCCGCAUUCUUUACAUGGUUUGUAGUGCGAGCUGGAUUCUUUUCCUCGAGUAACUUCUUCUAAAAGUUGAACUGAAAAUCAGAAUGUCUAAAGCGGUAGUCGGUGUUCCUCCCAAGGGCGGGUUUAGUUUUGAUUUGUGCAGAAGAAAUGGCAUGCUUGCAGAGAAGGGCAUCCAGUCUCCAUCUUUUCGGAAGACAGGAACUACCAUUGUUGGUCUAAUUUUUCAGGAUGGUGUCAUUCUUGGAGCUGAUACGAGAGCCACUGAAGGACCCAUAGUAUGUGAUAAGAACUGCGAAAAAAUUCAUUACAUGGCGCCAAACAUAUAUUGCUGUGGAGCUGGAACUGCUGCUGAUACAGAGGCAGUAACUGACAUGGUCAGCUCACAACUACAAUUACAUCGCUAUCAUACUGGUCGAGAUUCAAGGGUUAUAACGGCAUUAACCCUUCUUAAGAAACACCUUUUCAAUUACCAAGGUUAUGUCCAAGCUGCUUUGGUGCUUGGUGGGGUUGAUGUUACUGGACCACAUUUACAUACAAUUUAUCCUCAUGGAUCAACUGAUACAUUACCAUUUGCUACAAUGGGUUCUGGGUCUCUUGCUGCCAUGGCUGUAUUUGAGUCUAAGUACAGAGAAGGCUUGACUAGGGAUGAAGGAGUAAAGCUCGUCUGUGAGGCUAUAUGCUCUGGUAUAUUUAAUGACUUGGGAAGUGGUAGCAAUGUUGAUGUUUGUGUAAUAACCAAGGGUCAGAAGGAGUACCUUAGGAACCACCAAAUGCCAAACCCUCGCACCUAUGUUAGUUCAAAAGGCUAUUCUUUUACUAAGAAGACUGAGGUUCUCUCGACAAAGAUUACUCCACUGAAAGAGAAAGUGGAAGUAAUUGAAGGAGGAGAUGCAAUGGAAGAGUGAUGCCGCCAAGGGUGAUUAUCAUUUGCAACUGUUGAGAGUGGUCUUUGUGGUGCAUUGGUUGUUUGUAUCAACAUCAAUGACUAUAUAUUCAAUGGUCAUGGGCUUGGCUUUCCUAUCCCCCCUCCUCACUGUCAAUGGAUGUGUAACUAGUUGAACCUGCUUGUAGCAGGCAAAGGAUGUAGCUAGUUGAACACCCUUAUUGCAUUUCCAGCUGAACUGCUUCAAGCUCUUUCUCAUUCAAA